CUAAACAAGGAAGUACACAAUAUGUAGUAACCUAAUCAUGCAAAAGACACUAUCGUAUACUUUAAUAGUAUUAAGUGUUUUAUACUCUUGAUUACUUGCUACCAACAUGAACGGGAGACCACAGAAUAAUUCACCGGACUUUGUUUCAGAUUUUAUGAAUGAAAUCGGAAACAGACCAACAUCAUAUUCCAAUGCGAUUCAAAAUGCAUCACUUGACGUUUGUAACAAAAUGGUCAACGGGAACCAAGUCUUCAGUCGGCCUAAGCCGGACGAUGCAUGCAGUGCUUAUGCAGUAUCAAUAACACACCAGCCUAACUCUAUUGAGGAUAACACAGAGUGUAAUAAAUAUCAUGAAAUUGAACAAUGUGCUAAAAGUGCAAACAUUGACAUGCAUAGAAAUGGUAGUACAACAAGCAGUAGCAGUUUACUGUUGAGAUCAACACGGGAGACAUGUCAAAACAAACGUUGCAUUAUUGCGAUAAUAUGCGUGAAUGCUACAAUUAUUGUUAUUGCAUUUUCUCUGAUAAUUGUUCAAUUUGUAAUGUUAACCAAAUUACAGGAUGAGUUGGAGGCUGAAAAAACAGAAAGAAAAGACAAAUCAAACACGUUAUGUUUACCGUGCAAUGAUUUAAUUCUUGGUCCAUUAGAACAUGAUAAUGAAAAUAUUAAACUGCUAGACAGUAAAGAGGAGGAUGGAAUUCAAGUCUGCUGUGCUAAAGGAUCUAAUCAAACGUCGAUUCUAAUGGAUUUGUUAUUUAAAAGAAGAGAAAAAUUACACCACACACAAGAUAUCAUCGACUCAGAAACCAAUAGUAAGAACAACUGUACCGGUGACACGGGUAGUAACCAUGGACAAGAUAAUGGUAGAAUAGCUGCUCAUCUUUUGGCAGGAGUACAACCGAUGACAAAUGGAGCACCUCCAUAUAUAAUACAAAACUGGGAUGAAUCUGGAUCAACUGCAUAUUCAAGUGGGGUUCAUGUGGAGAACAGUCGUAUAGUUGUAAACACUUCCGGUUUAUAUUUUGUAUAUAGCCAGAUAUUCUUCAGUAACCUCUACAAAGGGCAAACAACAUCAAACACUUCACAAGCCUUGUACCACUACGUCUAUCGAUGGAACGUCUUUUAUCCGAACGAUGGAAACGAGUUGUUGCUGAAGAGUGUCCGGACACAGUGCUGGGCAGAAAACAGAGUGUAUGGAGAUUAUACUAGUUAUACCAGUGGUGUGUUUAAACUGAGUGCUGGUGAUAACCUUUAUGUAAAGGCAUCAAAACUUGAUUUAAUUUCAAGAGAUCCCAAAGCAUCAUUUUUUGGCAUUGCGAAGCUGUAAUUCCGUUCUUGAAAAUAUGCUCUUAUUAGAUAAAUCAUAUUAAAACUAUAUUUCACUAGAGGUAUAAAACGACACGUAGUUUAUAUUAUCGGAUUUUCAAGUUCACAAAAUACUUCAACUUACAGUCUUAGAUGAUAAAAAGUAAGGACAAAUUAAAUUCCAGUCCGGGAAAGGUCAACAUUUUAACAUAACAUUGGUGUUAAUGUAGUUCCUGCAUGUCAUUUUCUAGCAAGGAACUUAUCUGUAAGCUCUAUAGGUCUGUGACUGUUGCGUUAUUGUAAUCAUCAAUAAAAAGGCAUUGUUCGAUCAUACAUCACUGAUGAGUACAGUUACCGACAGGAAUUGAAUAUCGAAAAAAAACGUGCUAUUAUUUUUUUCUAUUGUGCCAAAAUAGUUGUAACUGUUGAUUUUUAAUAAUUUGUUAUAAUCUUUUUGUUAUUUGUUUUUUACAAUAUAUAUUUUGAUAAUUAUAAUAUAUUAUGUAAGAUUUGUCACUUUGUGUCAUACAGUCUACAUGUUUAUGAUGAAACUAAUAAUUGACAAAAUAUUUGGCAUUACUAUUAGAUUUCAUAGAAGUGAAUAAAAAUGAAAGAAU